AACUUGUCGGCGAAAUGACGUCUCCGUUGGACGGUGCAGCCUGUUUCUGGCUUUCGAUUAUCUGGCUCCAGCUGGGUCUCAUCAAUGCGGGUCUGGAGUUCCUUAGGGUUUUCGUACCCCUGCCCCUGGUACGACUGAGGGAGAUCGAGGACGAGGAGCGGGAAAUCGAGGGCGAGUGCACGUUGGGAGCCAUCAGCAUUCGAAUGUUCGCCUUCUGAAGACUGGAUUACCAUCAUCUUUAGGACCUAUGUACAUAUCAGCAUCAAAAGUCAAUGUUUCAACGACAAGAAAUAUCCUUAGAUAUUAAGUUCAUUUAAUU